GGCCGCCCGGCCGGAGCGGAGCGGAGCGGAGCGGGCCGGGGGCGGCCAUGGCGGCGGGCGGGGAGGCGGAGGGCUGCGAGCACUACCGGCGCGGCUGCCUGCUGCGGGCGCCGUGCUGCGGGAAGCUGUACGCCUGCCGGCUGUGCCACGAUGGCGCCGAGGAGCACCGGCUGGAUCGUUUCCGCGUCGCCGAGGUGCAGUGCACCCGCUGCCGCCUCCUGCAGAAGGCCCAGCAGCGCUGCGAGGGCUGCCACAGCCUCUUCGGCGAGUAUUACUGCGGGAUCUGCCACCUCUUCGACCGCGACAAGAAGCAGUACCACUGCGCCGAGUGCGGCAUCUGCAGGAUUGGUCCAAAGGAAGAUUUUUUCCACUGUUCAAAAUGCAAUUUAUGUCUAAGCUUGAGUCUUCGAGGAAAGCACAAGUGUAUUGAAAAUGUCUCCAGGCAGGACUGUCCGAUAUGUUUGGAGGAUAUUCACACAUCUCGUGUUGGAGCUCACGUUCUGCCAUGUGGUCACCUUCUUCACAGAACAUGUUACGAGGACAUGCUAAAGGAAGGUUACAGGUGUCCUUUGUGCAUGCACUCAGCUUUAGAUAUGACAAGGUACUGGCGUCAGCUGGAUGAUGAAGUAGCGCAGACUCCUAUGCCCACAGAGUACCAGAACAUGAUGGUGGAGAUCCUUUGCAAUGACUGCCAUGCCCGGUCUACAGUACAGUUCCAUCUCCUAGGCAUGAAGUGCAAAAACUGUGAAUCGUACAACACUGCACAAGACGGAAGAUGCCGGCUGACUUUGGAGGAGCAGUGACCAAGAUACGCGCUGCAUUCAGCUGGAUGAGGAAAACUGCCAUGGAAGAGACUGUUUAAAAAAAAAAAAAAAAAAAAAAAAACCAAACCACUUGUCAGUAAAAACCUAUUUGAAGUUGUCACGGAACCAAUGGAAUGGUUACAAGAUUUAAUUAAUGCUGGUGCAAAGGAAUUUUGGUAGUUGUGCCCCCCCUCCCUAGUAGCUGGGGCACAGCGCAGUCAGGCCCUUCAGGAGGUUCCCCAUCGAGCAGUGUGAUGCCUGACGAAGGUUAGUUUCUAGAGAGAAGGGCACCCUUCAGAAGAACUGUUCACUGUCUCAGGGACAGCCCAGAAAAAUAACUAACGAGAUGCAGAAUGAGAAAUGCUCAGCAGCUGACACAGCAGAAGAUGCUUUGGGGCAGCUGAAGGUUGUGAGCAUAACAGGAGGUGGAGGUACAGCUAUUCUGGUCACAGCUGUUGGCGAAAAUGGGUAGCUCUGGGAGCGGCCUUUUUACAUAAAGCUGACAUCCGCAAAGUUUUUAUGCGAGUACAUUUUGUUCCUUUUAAAUGACACGUUCGCAGGCCUCGCAGCCAUCGGUGGUGCAAGUGGCUAGAGAAGGGUGAGCUUGCAGAAAUCGCAUCCUUCGGCUUGAUUUGUUGACACAUGCGUGAACACCUACAGAAUCUGCUUCGAAACAAGGCUGGCCUGCCUGCCUGUGUGCGGCCAACGGCCUAAAAACCAAGCCACGAGGCUGCCCUUCUCCCCCAGACACCCAGCUGCUCUGCUGUCAAUCUUCACUCAGAUUCCUUUGCCAGCUCCAGUCGCCUUUACACCGAUUUUCGCCUCAUUUUGCUUUAUUCACUUACAAAGGCCAAGGUGUCGUAGGGUUUUAGCUGUGUAUGUAGCUUGAUGUUUUGAUGGUUAAGUACACGAAGCGAAGCACGUACUGUUGUCAGGAUUGACACUGGACCAACUCGUUUGGGCUGAGCCUGCGAUGUUUGCUAAAGCAACAGCAGUUCGUAGAGGCACUCAAGUAGUGCGGGGACCAAUUUUUCUGUGGUUUGGGGGUUUUUUAAUUGUAUCUUGUUUCGUUGCGGGGAGAGAAUGGAGGACGGAAGAGUGCUUUCAAAAAAAAAAAACAACAAACCUUCACACACUUUUUACGUAAAAUCUUGCCCGUGGUGUUUUGCAGUCUAAAUAUUAGAGGAAGUUUUUAGUUUCUGAGAAUUUCAGAACAUGCAGAUAGUUACCAAUAUUGAAAUAAAGCAUUAAAAAAAAAAAAAGCCCAGUUACUCUUUACCAUACAAUUACUUUUUUUUAACUUGUUCUACUGUAAAAUGAACAGCUUCUUAAUCUGACAGUGCCCCGUUAUGUAUAAAUAUUAGGACUGGGAUGAUGGCAUUACUGUAGCUUGCCUUUACUGCAGUAUUUUUUUUCUGAAGCACUUUUCUCACUGCUAUAAAUAAAUGCAAAAUAACUUCUUU